GAAAAAGCACAAGAAUCCUGAGCGCUUCGCUAGUAUUCAUUUGUGCCUCACACUGGUUACCCAGCCACACUUACGGUUCGUGAGAUAUAUAACCUCAAAGUCAGGAUCGGGUACUACGGCGUAUCUUUCCCUGCAGUGUUGACACAUUAGGCAAAAAAGGCGAUUGAACUGCUAAAAAGUUUUAGUCAAAAUCGAAUACCAAUAACAUUCAACAAAUAAAGAUUUCUUAUACCGCGACAGUGCCAUUCAAGCACUGACCGUAGUUAUCAGCUUAUUAUUAUCAAAUGACACGGGUCACAUUGCGUUAAAAUAUAACACUUUUUCCAGUAAGAACUAAGUAAGUGAUCCAUAAUACAAGCAACGGGAAUCCCUACUCUCUUAUACGCAACAACUUUUAGAGGUCGACAUUAUUAAACGUCCACAAUUAUUGGGUGCCAUCUCUUCAGUUUACGAAAGGAUAUGAUGGACAAAAGAGCGAUUUUCCAAGUAAUAGUGUUACUGAAUGUCGCAGAAAUCGCAGUUACAUCGCGCGAUUUGCUGCCAUCGCGCGCCUACUGCGGCUAUCAACAUAUCGACGAUUACACCAGAGAUAGCGACGAUGUCACCAUUGACGAAUUUCCAUGGAUGGCUCAAAUAGUAUACGACACAGGUACUAUGAGAGUGCAGUGUUCAGGAUCUUUAAUUAAUAACCGUUACGUGUUGACUGCCGCCCAUUGCUUAAGCUCGCAAUACGCCAAAGUGGUAGGUGUUCAGCUUGGAGAUUUUAACGCGACCAGCACCGUAGACUGCAUUUAUCACACAGUAUUCGGUGAAGAAUGUAGCGAUCCAGUUCAGACAUUUGAAAUUGAAGAAGAAAUACUCCAUCCCAAGUAUAAUCCUAUUAUAUCAGAACUGCACGAUAUUGGCUUGAUUCGGCUGUCGAGAACCGUGGAAUAUUCGGAGUACAUUCGCGCAAUUUGUUUACCUGCAACAAAUGCGUCGCAGCUAAAUGUAGGUGAUCAACUGGCAAUUUCAGGUUGGGGUCUUUUGGGUAACGAAGAGAAGCAAACUCAGGUGAAAAAGAAAAUUAAGGCCACAUUAGUUCCAACAAGGACGUGUCAGGAGACGUACACUAAGUUCGGUCGCCGAUUUUUAACGGAUGACCACUUGUGCGCUUUGGAUCAAGGAAAGCGUACUUGCAGAGGUGAUAGUGGCGCCCCAUUGAUGCUUGCUGUAAGGAAACAAUGGGAGCAGGUUGGAGUGCUAUCGUUUGGAAAAUGUGAAGAUGGUUUUCCAUCCGGCUACAUUAAAGUGACAAGCUAUCUGGAAUGGAUUAUAGAAAACUUACGCUUGUAGCGCAAAAUCUGUCACUUUUAAAGUCAAAACUAAUAAAAAACAAUUUACAUCCGCUA